AUGCCACCCUCAUUCCUCCUCCGCAAAACAAUCAAAACCCUCAUCCGUCUCGAUCGAGCCCUUCUUCCUCGUCCACCACCUCCAUCUCAUCUCGCUCGUCUAGCUACCCGUUCAUCAUUGACAAAUCCAAUGAAUAGGAUGAGAGUAUGGUGGGGGAAGAAAACACCUAUGCAGAGAAAUUCGGCUGUGGUUGAUAUUCCGUUGCUAUUAGGAGUGGGUUUGUUGGUGGGUGUUGAGGUGAGGGAUAUUUGGAGGGUGUCGAGGAUGUCGAGGAUGUUGGAGAGAGGAGAUGGGGAGAUGGGGAGAGAGAUGGGGGGAUGGAGAUAG